AUGGACACUGACGUGACAGUAUUUCGCAUGGAAGAGCUUUCUUCCAGUUUUUACAAGAUUGAAAAUAUUACCAAGAUUAAUUACAGACAGUACAUUCCGAAGCACAAUGAAGAUCAGUGGUCAAUACAGAUGGAACUCUUACUAAGAAAACAAGACAGGAAAACCCUAGUAGCGCUUCUUUCAAGGGAGCUUUGGGUAUUCAGUACUAAUGAUAAUCAGUUACCUGAAUUACCACCGAUGACAAAUGAAUUGGUGGUUCCGGAAAAGGAAGGCGAAUUCACUUCGGACUAUUCGAAACCUAAUCUCCCUCCUCAUUAUGCACUUUUCUUAAAGGCAUUAAGAAGAGCCAUAUACAUCAAUUUGGCGUUUGAAUCUAAUAGCCAAGUAGUUCAGUUUGGAAAUGCAUGUAUUUCUUUAAAGCAAUCCACCUCAGAUUCGAAUUAUCUUUUACAAUUAGAACCUCAUCUAUUUUCAGAUGGUGAUUUGGCAGUAACUGUUUGCACUAAAAAUGUGGGUCUUAUACCCUUAAGAGAGGAAAAUCUGAACGAGGCCUUCUUUCGAUCGCAUGCCCUCUACUUAGCACCAUCAGGUAUAAGAAUUGACUACCGACCUACAAAUGGACAAUAUUGUCUUUCACCAGCGCCCCUUAACGCUGAGUUAUUAUUAAAGACAUUAAAACAUUCUCAUGGGGUUAAUUUUCUAGAACAGACCAAUCUAAAAUGGAUUACUGUGGUACCCCACUUAGCCCACUUAAAUGGGUAUACUCCAAGCAUCUCAUCAUAUAUAGCCUCAACUACUGACACGAAGAGGAUAGUUUGGCCUUUAGCAUUGUGUUUUGCGCAGCCUGCUACAAAGAUUACAGAUCCUCUUAAGGAUGAUGCUCUGUCGUUUCAAACAUUUCGUGACGCUUUGGACAUCGUAGAUGAUUUUAUUCAACUAAGACAGAGUUCUGCUUACAGAACUCCUGGUAGUAUUACAAAUUUGGGAACAAAUCCAAUGAGUUCGGGUGGCGGGUACACAGAGCAAUUUCAACAAUCUUACAAGGGCCCUUUCUCCGGUAGUGGUCACCCAUCUAUCAAUGCAUCACCCUCUAUUCAUUCUGCAUCAAAUCAUAUAAACACUGAUAUCUCCCCAAAUGGUCUCGGAAUUGACAAAACAGUACUACCAACUGAUACGUUCAGCAAUGAGCUUUUCUCCUCACCUAGUAUGAGCAGAGUAUCUGGAAGAAAGAAAAUAACAGUGUCCAACAAUUCUAAAAUAAGUCAUGGUAAUGAAUUGUUCAAUGGAAGGAGCAUAGAUGACACAAAUACGGUUGACAUUAGCCCUCUGAAAUCUGAAAUUGACUCUUUUAUUAUGAUGGAACCCCCUAUUGAGCCUCCGAUUGAGAAUAUAUCAGAUGAUAAGGAUUUAUUUGGAGAAGAUGAUGAGGACGAAGAUCUAAAUAAUACUGCCACUGGGACUAAUCCAGCUACAAAUCUUAACUCUUACAACAUCGAUGGAGACGAGGAUUUAUUCGGAGAAAGAAACGAAACCCCUGCAUCAGUACCUAAAGAAGUUACAAAAGGCGGGUCUGAUGAAAUUACAGAAGACAUGUUUGGGAUGUCUGAAGAUGAUGAGGAAACAGGAAGACAUAGUAGUACUCCGGCGAUGUAUUACAUGAACCCUAAUACAGAUUUAACAAAAUCAUCCGUAAAAAAGAGAAAAUAUCUUGAUAUUCCAAUUGAUGAGAUGACGUUAUCUAAUAGUCCUUUAUACCAGGACCCUGGGGCACCCCUUCCGAUUGAAACCCCAAGAGAUAAGAGAAAAAGUGUCUUCGCUCCUCUUACAUUCAAUCCUAUCAUCGAGAAUAAUGUAGACAAUAAAUACAAAAAUGGUGGUAAAUUUUCCUUCAGCCCUGCAAUAAAAGAGGAAGCACUAAACUUUGAUGUGAUGCAAGGUGAGUUAUCUAGCUCAGAGGAUGAAGAGAGUGAGUCGAGUUUCGAUGCAGAUCAAUAUAAUAAUAUGAACCAAGAAUUAAAAUCAAUGGAAGAUAGUGUGCAUGAUACUAAUUUCUUGAAUUAUCAACCAAUUCAGGGUGUCCAAGAUUCUGUACCACCUGAAUUGUUAUCUUCAAAUUUUGUAUCAGUAAAUGACGCUUCUACUAGGGAUAACACUAACUCCAUCUGGAGGAUACCUCAGAGCGAGAUUGUAACAAAUGAAUCUCCGUUAAAGACUGCGGAGCCUUCUUUACCUUCACUGGAACCAAAUCUAUCUACAAAAUUGUUGAAGUCUGAAAUAUCGGCCUUUGCUGACGAUGUAGUUCGUGAAAAAAGUGGAAGUGUGUCUCCUCCAUCUGAUACUGGAUUACAAGAGGCAACAAAAGAUUCGAAGUAUCAGAUAAGCGAAAAGGCUAUGUCCCAAUAUUCCUCGAACAGUCUACCAUUUUUAUUGAGGCAUAUGCCAAUAUCUUCAAUUCCUGACGUGUUUUUGGAACAAAAUGUGACUUUGAAAAUUUCUAAAACUAAUCAAGAUAUUGUUAAUCUUCUCUGUGAACAAGUUGUUUUUGAUUCUGGCAUUCUUGCAGAUCUUAGUAUUCCACGAAAUUUAUAUGAAAGUACCACUGUUGAUGAAAAAGGCGUUGUAGCAACAGCGAUGCACAAUCUGUUCUCAUAUUUUGAGCAAAUGCAUGGUAACCAAAUUAUUAGCAAGUUUUAUUCAAUCAACCAUCCAUUCGUAUUCGUUAAAAAAAAUCAUGAUAUGAUCAAGAUCAGAGCUGACGCACAAAUAUUCGGUAAAUAUCUAAAUUCAAGACCACCAUCCGGAAUUAAGAACUUCAAACUGCUCUUACUUUCUACAUCAAACAAAAACGACUGUCUUUCAUUUAUAUCCACAUUAUCACAAACAUAUAUAAGCCAAGAAUUUGGCUUUUGUGAGCUGCUGAAACUUACUGAUGAAGAUAUGAACGGUUUAAUUCAUUUAAAGGAUUUGAAUAAACCGAAACUUCUACUGUUAGCAGCCCAAAUUGUAUCUUACUGUUCUACAAAUAAGAAUGCUGGUAAAGAUGCCACUAUAAUGAUUUUAUUACCUCUUGAUACAGUUGAUCAUUGGGAGCUUGUAUCUAAGGCAAAAUCCUUCCAGAUCGUACGUGAUGAAGUCAGAGCAAAGAUACCAGAUAUUGAGUUAUUUUUUAAGGUAGUUCCAUUGAAAUUCAUCAAGGACUCCCUUAUUUCAAUCGAAGAUAUCUAUAAUUUUGCUUCGAGUAUAUACAACAUUCUCCCAUCUAAGUCGGUGAAGUAUACUUCUAUUGCUCAUAAACUUCCCGAAAAGAUCGAAUUUCGAACAAUGCAACAGACCAACGGAUCGACGUACGUGCAUUAUGAUGCAUAUAUACAUUUAGCUUACUCUAGGAGUAUAGAUAAGCAGUGGGUAUUUGCAGCAUUAUCUGAUAGUGAAGGUAAGGAAAACUUAAUUAGAUCCUGGUAUGUUGGAACAUCAAAAACGUUGUUUGAUGAAGCUUGUAAUCAACUCUGGUCUCUGUCGCUAUCAUUGGCUGGCAAAAAAUAUGGGAAAAUCUGCUUAAUACUUACAAGGUUAAAUGGAAUACUGCCAGAUGAUGAGCUAAUAAAUUGGAGACGUUUAUCAGGAAGAAAUGUACAUCUAGCAGUAGUUUGUGUCGAUGACAAUACAAAAAUUUCUUUUUUUGAUCAAGAUAAAUUUUAUCCAACCUUUAAGCCCAUUUUCAAAGAUGAGAAGCUUUCGCAAUCACUUAAAUACUUAAGGUUGAAUGAUUAUGAAAUCAGAGACAUCGAUCAGGAUGUUCAUGGUGUGAUUUUCCAAAACCCGUUCCCAUUAGCAAAUUCACAGCACAGAUGUGCAAUUAAGAGUGGUGCAUUGAUUAAAUUCAAAAGAACAGAUGGUAAUGCUUUAUUAGAUAAACUCGAGGUGAAUCUUUUAAAUUGCCCUCAUUCAAAUUGCAAAAAGCUACUUGAGGUCAUUUUAGAAGAAUUUAGAAAUUUAGCUGGCCUGAAUACAUGGUUUGGCGUUUCGAAUGGAGAAAACGCACAUAUACCUUGGCAUGUCCUUGCAGUCAAGAAAAUGAUGAGAACAAUGGUUCACACAAAAGUAGAAAUAGUCGAUUAA